CCGGAAGCGGGAAGUAAGAUGGCACUGGCGGGAAGCAAGAAGCAGGAAGUAAGAUGGCGUCCUCUGAGACCCAGGCCCGGUUCGGUCAGUCGGUGAAAGGAUUAUUAUCUGACAAAGUAGCUUCGUGCAGCGUGGACGUCAUCGCUCUCACGCGUCAGGUGCUGAAGAUCUCCCGCAGCCAAGAGCUUCUGGGUCAAGCGGCCAGGAAUAUGGUGAUUCAGGAGGACGCCAUCUUCCAUUCAGAAGACAGCCUCAGAAAGAUGUCCAUCAUCACCACACAUCUCCAGUACCAGCAGGAGGCCAUCCAGAAGAACGUGGAGCACUCCAAGAACCUGCAGGACCAGCUGAGACACGUGCUGAAGUGACCACAACACAUCCAGAGCAAGCAUCUUUUCCUUUUUCACAUCACACUUUUUAUUAGCCCUGAAAAUAGAAUGGUUCAAAAAGCAAAACUGUGUACUGUAAGAAGGUAACGCUUAAUAAAAAUAACCCGCCACUAA